AUGGAGAACGAAACCCAAAUCAAGAAGAGAAAGCUUCAAAUUACAACAAUGGAAGUAACCGGUGAGAUUUUUGUAGUUCCAUUCUUUGGUCAAGGUCAUCUCUUUCCAGCUAUGGAGCUCUGCAAGAACAUCUCUGCUCAUAAUUUCAAUGUUACCCUCAUCAUCCCUUCUCAUCUUUCUUCAUCCAUUCCCUCCACGUUUUCUAACCACUCCCCCUUAAUUCAUGUUACUGACAUCUCCGUCACCGCUUCGCCACCACCGGAGACCGCCGACGAACCCGGAUCUGAAAAAGAGGUUCAGUCAUCUGGUCGUAGGGGAAACCCGCUUCAAGAGCAGAAUCUGCAGAUGGGUAAGGGAAUCAAGUCGUUUCUAUCCACAAGAUCCGGAGUACGACCCACGUGUGUCGUGAUUGACAACAUGAUGAGCUGGUGCAAAGAGAUUUUCGUAGAUCAUGAAAUUCCGGUGGUGUCUUUCUCAACUUCCGGCGCAACCGCAUCCGCCAUGGGCUACGGAAUGUGGAAGGCCGAGGUAGAAAACAUGAAGCCCGGUGAGAUCCGAGAGAUCCCCGGGUUGCCUAAAGAAAUGUCUGUGGCUUUUUCGGAUCUUAGCAGAGGUCAGAGAGUAAGGCCUCAAAGACGGAGCCGGCCACCCGGUGAUCACGCGAAACCAGAUGGACACACCGGACCACCAAAUAGGAUGAGGCCCCAUGGACCAAGAGGUGGAGGUGGUGGUGGUGGUUCGGCUGGACCGGGUCAGAAGCCACGUUGGGUGGACGAGGUGAAGGGCUCGGUGGCGUUGCUUAUCAACACUUGUGAAAAUCUAGAGCAUGUAUUCAUCGAAUACAUGGCCGAACAAACCAAGCUUCCAGUCUGGGGCGUUGGGCCGCUGCUACCUGAACAGUUCUGGAAAUCAGCUGGUGAACUCCUCCAUGAUCAUGAGAUGAGAUCGAACCACAAAUCCAAUUACACAGAAGAUGAGGUGGUCCAGUGGUUGGAAUUAAAACCACAUGGAUCCGUAAUCUACAUCUCGUUUGGGAGUGAAGUUGGACCCUCAAUUGAAGAGUACAAAGAACUAGCGAAAGCGUUGGAAGAAUCCGAGCAGUCUUUCAUCUGGGUGAUCCAACCUGGUUCAGGUAAAUCCGGCAUCCCCCGUUCUUUCUUAGGGGCGGCGGCGAUCACAGACGACAGCGAAGAAGAGGAAGGGUAUUAUCCAGAGGGCUUAGACGUGGCAGUUGGUAACAGGGGUUUAAUCAUCACUGGAUGGGCACCACAGCUCUUGAUUCUGAGCCACCCAUCUACCGGCGGCUUCUUAUCUCAUUGCGGGUGGAACUCGACGGUGGAGGCAAUAGGGCGAGGGGUCCCGAUCUUGGGAUGGCCGAUUCGUGGCGAUCAGUUUGAUAAUGCGAAGCUGGUGGCCUACCAUCUUAAGAUAGGGUUCGUGAUGUCACGUGGUGAUAGUGACGAUGUAAGGCCAGGAAAGUUUAAAAAGGAUGAUAUAGCAGCAGGAAUCGAGAAACUGAUGAGUGAUGAAAAGGUGCAUAAACAGGUGAAGGAACUUAGCAAAGAAUUCGAGGGUGGUUUUCCGGCGAGUUCAGUGAAAGCAUUGGGUGCUUUUGUGGAGUUUGUUCGCCAAAAAGCAACCUGA